GCUGGCGUGGGAAGCAGGGUAGGUGCAGAAAGAAAUCCUCCGAGGUCUCAAUGUGGAGGUCCUCCAUGGAGACUUCUGACAGCUUCUGUCAAGACUGUAGCAGCAGUAGGCAAUACUGGCUUGAACUCGGACCCACGGACUUGCUGGAGCGCAAAGGCUCCCUGACCCUUCGCUCCCAUCACAAGAAGUACUCGAAGCCCGUGUUGGUGUAUUCUUGGCACCAUGACAGAGAAGCCUAUCCCAAAGAUUAUGAUAUAGAAGGUCCUGAGGAAAUAAAAAAACUGUGUAAUUCAACAUAUUGGCGACUUGGAGCCAAUGAACCCCCACUUCUAUUUUUCCAGAUUUGGAUAUCAGAAACACAUGAACAAAUGGCACAAGUUUAUUUAAACAGAGAAUUGGCUACAAUAAAGAGAAAGCCUUUAUUGAAUGAAGAAACAAUGAGCUCUGGGAUUAUUGAAAGGGACACCGGGUUGCCUGCUACUGGCUUCGGAGCUCUCUUUCCUAGACACCCACCAGAUCGUCGCAAAAUGUGUGCCUUGACAACAUAUGCUGAGGACUAUGCUCCGCCAUGUGAUUACCAGCCAUUUGAGUAUCCUUGUCAAGAUGAUUAUUCAAUAGUCCACAGAAAAUGCCGUUCUCAGUUCACAGAUCUAGAUGGUUCCAAAAGAUUUGGCAUCAACACUUGGCAUGAUGAAAGUGGGAUUUAUGCUAAUUCAUGUGUAAAACAAAAACUCUGCCCAUCAGCUGAUGGUCCUAUUAUCCCCUUUUUAAAAUAAUAUAUGGAAUCAGAUCCUCUAACUAAUGAAAGAAUAAUGGAUAUGACAGUUGGUUUGCUAUCCUAAUAAAUGCAAUGGAAAUGUUA